AUGGCCCGGCGGAGCGCCCUCUCCAUCCGCAUCGUGGAGGGCAGGAACCUGCCCGCCAAGGACAUCACGGGCAGCAGUGACCCAUACUGCAUCGUGAAGGUCGACGACGAGGCCAUCAUCAGGACUGCCACAGUGUGGAAGACACUGUCCCCAUUCUGGGGGGAGGAGUACGAGGUGCACCUCCAGCCCAGCUUCCACAGCAUCUCCAUCUACGUCAUGGAUGAGGAUGCGCUCAGCCGUGAUGACGUUAUCGGGAAGGUCUGCAUCACCCGGGACAUGCUGGUGGAGCACCCCAAGGGAUACAGUGGCUGGAUGAGCCUCAGUGAGGUGGACCCUGACGAGGAGGUGCAGGGAGAGAUCCACCUGCGGGUGGAGGUCCUGGGGGGACAGGGGGACCGCAGGAGGCUGUGCUGCACUGUGCUGGAGGCCAGGGAUUUGGCCAGGAAGGACCGGAACGGAGCCUCCGACCCCUUCGUCCGCCUGCGCUACAACGGGAGGGUGCAGGAGAGCGCCGUGGUGAAGAGGUCUUGCUACCCGCGCUGGAACGAGACCUUCGAGUUCGAGCUGGCCGAGCCCGCCGGGGAGAAGCUGUGCGUGGAGGUGUGGGACUGGGACCUGGUGGGCAGGAAUGAUUUCCUGGGCAAGGUGGUGUUCAGCGUGCAGGGGCUGGAGGUGGCCGGGCAGGAGGAGGGCUGGUUCAGGCUGUGGCCAGACAAGUCCAAGCCGAGGGAGGACGAGCGCCGAGGCAGCCUGGGCUCGCUGCAGCUGCAGGUGAAGCUGCGGGACGAGACAGUGCUGCCCUCCCACUGCUACCAGCCCCUGCUCCAGCUCCUGUGCCAGGAGGUGAAGUCGGGGCUGCAGGACGGCCAAGUCCACCUGGUCACCCUCCUGGAUGAAACCACCACAGCUGAGUGCCGGCAGGAGGUCGCCACCAACUUGGUUAAACUCUUCUUGGGCCAAGGGCUGGUCAAGGAGUUCCUGGACCUGCUCUUCGAGCUGGAGCUGGCCAAGCCCUGUGAGCCCAACACCUUGUUCAGGAGCAACUCCCUGGCCUCCAAGUCAAUGGAGUCCUUCCUCAAGGUGGCAGGGAUGCCCUACCUGCACGCCGUGCUGGGCCCCACCAUCGCCCGUGUGUUCGAGGAGAGGAAGCAGGUGGAGCUGGACCCUGGCAAGGUGGAGCUCAGAGACGUCGGGUGCUCGGGGCUGCACCGGGUGCAGACGGAGGGCGAGGUGAUCGAGCAGGGCCGCCAGCACCUGCAGGCCUACCUGGGCGAGCUGCUGGAUGCCAUCUCCAGGUCGGCCCCGGCCUGCCCCCCUGCCAUCCGCGCUGCCUUCCGCCAGCUCUUCCGGCGCGUCGCGGAGCGCUUCCCGCAGCACCAGCAUGCCAGGUUCGUGGCUGUCACCAGCUUCCUGUGCCUGCGCUUCUUCUCGCCAGCCAUCAUGGCCCCCAAGCUCUUCCACCUGCGCCAGACCCACGCCGACGCCCGCACCAGCCGCACCCUGCUGCUCUUGGCCAAGGCUGUCCAGAUGGUCGGCAACAUGGAGCCGGCGGCUGGGAGGGCCAAGGAGACCUGGCUGGCCCCACUGCUGCCCGCCCUGCAGCAGGGCAUCGCCCAGAUGAAGGCCUUCAUCAGCCAGCUGGUGGGGACAGAGGAAGAGGAGGAGGAGGAGGAGGAAGAAGGCGAGGGGCGAGCGCGGGGCUCCCCUGUGGCAGUGGUGAAGGAGGGGCUGCUCUUCGUGCACAAGGCGCGGGGCAGGGGGCCGCUGCUCGCCGCCACCUCCAGGAAGCUGCACUUCUGCCUCACCCCCGAGGCCCUCAGCUUCGGCAAGAGCCCUGGUGCCGAGCGUAGCGGUGCCAUCGCCCUGGCCAACAUCCUGGCAGCAGAGAAGGUGGAGGAGAAGAGCUUCGGGAGCUCCCACGUCAUGCAGGUGGUCUACACGGACGAGGGAGGGCGGCAGGAGACAGCCUACCUGCAGUGCAAGAGCGUCAAUGAGCUCAACCAGUGGCUGUCGGCGCUGCGCAAGGUCUGCGGCAACAACCCCCAGCUGCUCCCUGCCUACCACCCCGGGGUAUUCCGCGGGGACAAGUGGAGCUGCUGCCACCAGAAGGAGAGGACAGGGCUGGGCUGUGACCGGACCCGGCACGGCGUCACGCUGCAGGACUGGAGCGACCCCCUGGACCCUGCCGCGGAGGCUCAGCGCCUCUUCCACCACCUCAAGGGCCUCCGAGGGACCCUCAGGGAGAAGUACUGGGAGCUGCUGGAGCCGAAGGACACUCGGAAUGGCCCCCGGGGGGAAGACGCCCCCCUGCCCGAGGUGCUGAGUCAGCUCUUUGAGGUGCUGGGGGACCUGGAGGGCCAGCACCGCCUGGCACAGCCCCCAGACCCCCCAGCCCCUGCCCUGCUUCAGCUGCAGACGUGA